AUGAUAACAGAUGGGGAAGAUUUUCAUAUAGAAGGCAAUCAACUAUUCAUAAGUAGAAAGCCACUUGACAAAUAUAAAAAUUUGCAAGGAUUUUUAUUGAGUUGCAUUAUAGGGAUUUUCGAGUCAGACUUCAAGACUAGAGUUUCUUUUAAGCAACAAAUAAUUCGAGAAAUAUUUUCAAAUAUAAUUAUCACAAUUCAGGUGGUAUCUCUUUUUUGAUAUCCUGAUAUGUCUAUUCGCCAUUGAAGUUCAUACUCAACUAUUUGAAAUUGCUUUAGAUUUUUCAAUUACGACUAUUUAUUUGCAAAGCAAGGUCUUUAUACUUUUUAUUUUAUUUUAAGUUCAACCAUUAAUGCAUCCUCGAUUUUUAUUGUUUUUUUGCAUUGUGGUUGUAAGUAUUUUAAUUGCAAUUUACCUGGUAUUUUACUUAUGAUUGCUAAAGCCCUUUUAUAUUUAUUUAGCUCAAUAUCGCUAAUUCCAUAUUUAACAACUUUGAUAAUUGUCAUCAAAUACUCAGCUUUUGAUUACAGAUACGUGCAGGAGUAUGAUGAUCAUGAUGCAGACAACUAUAAUUUCGGAAUUUUGGGAACGAUUUCAAGCUUCCUUAUUUUAGUUGUUUUUGUACCGAUAGUUUUUCUCAUAGAAAUGAUGAAAGCAGAUUUAAGACACUCAGUAGCUCAUAAAAACAUAAAAGCAAGGUCUAAUUCCUCAUGGGAUUUGCUCUGCAUAUUAUUUUUUAUUGCUCAAUGCUUUCUGUUUGCAUUUGUUGACAAAAGUCAUUAUGAAUAUCGAAUAAUGAUAGGCAUGGUAAUGGCAGUAUAUUUAUUAGUACUUGAAUUUAGAUUUCUACACUAUUUCAAUCCAGUUGAAAAUUCAAUUCAAGCAUGCAAAAUGGGUAAUAUUUUAGUUUGCUUAGUUGUUUUUUUAUUUGGAUAUUUAACCGAUAACCCAACAACAUUAACCCUGCUAUGUAUAUUUUUGCUACCUUUAUCUUGCCUUUUUAUAACAAUCUAUGUGCAUAGAAAAUAUUCUGUUCUAAAAUUCAAUAGAAUCAAUCCGAAAAGCCAAUUUACUUUGGAGCAUUCAAUUAGGCAUUUAUUGGUAGAUGAGCAGUACGAUGCUAAAAGUGAAGUCAUUGAAAUGCUUUCUGAGCAGUUUAACUCAAAGUUAAAGAAAAAUUCACUUUAUGUUAUAUGAGAAGUCAAUUUUUGUAUUUAUAUUGCAAAAGAUGAAAGGCUUGGGAGGGUUAAACUAACAAAGUAUAGCUUGCUUAAGCAGAACAUUGAGGCAUGUAUACAAAAGUUUCGAAUUCUAGAGAAAUUUGAAAAAAAUGUAAGUGGAUUAUCAGAAAUUAAAAACUUAGAUCGUAUAUUAUGCCUUGAUGAAGCUAAAAAAUUUGAUGUUGAAAUUUGUUUGAUAUUGCUAGAUUUAUGAGCAGAAAUCGCAAGAAAAGAUCCAGAAAUAAACAAGCUAAAGCAUUUUAUUAAAAAAGUUUGCAGUAUUUCAAAGAAAAUUAAGUCACUUUAUGAAUCACUUUCACAAGAAAUAAGGAAUUCUGAAAUACUUGAUUUAUAUGGACUUUUUUUAAUCAAUAUUCUCGGAGAAGUCGAAGAAGGAAAUGCUAUAUAAUACAUAUCCAUAUAUAGAUUUCUUUAUCGACAAAAUGUAAGAGAAAGUUGAACAACCAAAACAGAAUCACUUAAAGGUGAAAUAUUGACGAAAGGGUUGAAAAAUGAUGUGCCAAAAAAUGAUUGACUAGUGGAACAAAGUUGAAAAUGGCUUUAUUAUUAAAUGUUAAUUUUAAAUCGAUAAAGAAAUCUGCAUAGGGAUAUGGACUAUACUUAAAAGAAAAUUGAACAUAAAGAACUCUGGGUCUUUAAACGACUUUAAAAAGUUUGAAAGCUAUGAUCAAUCCUUUGGAAUUAUACUAGUAUCGACAGAAACUAGCUCAUUUGGGAGUAUUGCAUAUAUGAAUGCAAAAGCUGCAGCUAUACUCAAUGUGUCUCCAAUUGAAAUGAUUAAUCGCGAUUUUAAUCAAUUUAUUCCUAAACCUUAUUCUUUACAUCAUAAUGAUCACAUGUUCAACUAUUAUAGAUUAUGCACCUGCACUGAAUUAGAAAUAUCUCAUUCAUCAUUUCUUCAAAAAUUAGAUGGGUAUAUUUUUGAAUGCAAGGUGGUAAUAAAGCUUACAGCAUUCAAAAAUAACGCUUAUUAUAGAUCUGUUUUUCUCAAAUAA